AUGGCUCUCUGCGCUGGACAGGUCUGGGCUGGCUGGUAUGGUCUGGGUGCUAACUGGGCGCGGGCAUGGCUCUCUGGGCUGGCUGUAUUUGGUGUGCCCCCGGUACCCACGGGGAUGGCCUUGGGGCUGGUUUUGGUUCUGUGUGGACCAGGAUCACCUCUCUGUCUCCCCCCUCUGAAUUGGUGCUUGGGCUGGGUUGGCCCCCUGUCAGACCCCUCCCUGGCCCCCUGUCAGACCCCUCCCUGGCCCCCUGUCAGACCCCUCCCUGGCCCCCUGUCAGACCCCUCCCUGGCCCCCUGUCAGACCCCUCCCUGGCCCCCUGUCAGACCCCUCCCUGGCCCCCUGUCAGACCCCUCCCUGGCCCCCCUGUCAGACCCCUCCUGGCCCCCCUGCCAGACCCCUCCCUGGCCCCCUGUCAGACCCCUCCCUGGCCCCCUGUCAGACCCCUCCCUGGCCCCCUGUCAGACCCCUCCCUGGCCCCCUGUCAGACCCCUCCCUGGCCCCCUGUCAGACCCCUCCCUGGCCCCCUGUCAGACCCCUCCCUGGCCCCCUGUCAGACCCCUCCCUGGCCCCCCUGUCAGACCCCUCCCUGGCCCCCUGUCAGACCCCUCCCCUCCCUGGCCCCCCUCCCUGGCCCCCUGUCAGACCCCUCCCUGGCCCCCUGUCAGACCCCUCCCUGGCCCCCUUUCAGACCCCUCCCUGGCCCCUGUCAGACCCCUCCCUGGCCCCCUGUCAGACCCCUCCCUGGCCCCCUGUCAGACCCCUCCCUGGCCCCCUGUCAGACCCCUCCCUGGCCCCCUGUCAAACCCCUCCCUGGCCCCCUGUCAGACCCCUCCCUGGCCCCCUGUCAGACCCCUCCCUGGCCCCCUGUCAGACCCCUCCCUGGCCCCCUCUCAGACCCCUCCCUGGCCCCCUGUCAGACCCCUCCCUGGCCCCCUGUCAGACCCCUCCCUGGCCCCCUGUCAGACCCCUCCCUGGCCCCCCUGUCAGACCCUCCCUGGCCCCCCUGUCAGACCCCUCCCUGGCCCCCUGUCAGACCCCUCCCCCUCCCUGGCCCCCCUGUCAGACCCCUCCUGGCCCCCCUGUCAGACCCCUCCCUGGCCCCCCUGUCAGACCCUCCCUGGCCACCUGCCAGGCCCCUCCCUGGCCCCCUGUCAGACCCCUCCCUGGCCCCCUGUCAGACCCCCCCCUGGCCCCCCUGUCAGACCCCUCCCUGGCCCCCUGUCAGACCCUUCCCUGGCCCCCCUGUCAGACCCCUCCCUGGCCCCCUGUCAGACCCCUCCCUGGCCACCUGCCAGGCCCCUCCCUGGCCCCCUGUCAGACCCUUCCCUGGCCCCUGUCAGACCCCUCCCUGGCCCCCUGUCAGACCCUCCCUGGCCCCCUGUCAGACCCUCCCUGGCCCCCUGUCAGACCCCUCCCUGGCCCCCUGUCAGACCCCUCCCUGGCCACCUGUCAGACCCCUCCCUGGCCCCCUGUCAGACCCCUCCCUGGCCCCUGUCAGACCCCUCCCUGGCCCCUGUCAGACCCUCCCUGGCCCCCCUCUCAGACCCCUCCCUGGCCCCCUCUCAGACCCCUCCCUGGCCCCUGUCAGACCCCUCCCUGGCCCCCUCCCUGGCCCCCUCCCUGGCCCCCUGUCAGACCCCUCCCUGGCAACCUGCCAGACCCCUCCCUGGCCCCCCUCUCAGACCCCCUCCCUGGCCCCCUGUCAGACCCCUCCCUGGCCACCUGUCAGACCCCUCCCUGGCCCCCUGUCAGACCCCUCCCUGGCCCCCUGUCAGACCCCUCCCUGGCCCCCUGUCAGACCCCUCCCUGGCCACCUGCCAGACCCCUCCCCCUCCCUGGCCCCCUGUCAGACCCCUCCCUGGCCCCCUGUCAGACCCCUCCCUGGCCCCCUGUCAGACCCCUCCCCUCCCUGGCCCCCUCCCUGGCCCCCUGUCAGACCCCUCCCUGGCCCCCCUGUCAGACCCCUCCCUGGCCCCCUGUCAGACCCCUCCCUGGCCCCCCUGUCAGACCCCUCCCUGGCCCCCUGUCAGACCCCUCGCUGGCCCCCUGUCAGACCCCUCCCUGGCCCCAUGUCAGACCCCUCCCUGGCCCCCUCUCAGACCCCUCCCUGGCCCCCUCCCUGGCCCCCUCCCUGGCCCCCCUGUCAGACCCCUCCCUGGCCCCCUGUCAGACCCCUCCCCUGGCCACCUGUCAGACCCCUCCCUGGCCCCCUGUCAGACCCCUCCCUGGCCACCUGUCAGACCCUCCCUGGCCCCUGUCAGACCCCUCCCUGGCCCCCUGUCAGACCCCUCCCUGGCCCUCUGUCAGACCCCUUCCUGGCCCCCU